AUGUCGUUGUUGCCCACUUAUCAUAAAGACAUGAAGAACGCUGAAGAGUCAGUACCGUUAUGGUCGGCAGAUGAACAGGAACACAGUGAUACCCCACCCGCUUAUCCACCUCGAUUGGGUGGUGGAGGGAGUGCUAGUGGAUCCGUCAUCCAUAACAUCAAUUACGUUUUGCUGAAUGGCAAUUGGAAAGAAGAUGAAGAGGCGAUGGGUAUACUGGGUCAAAGUAAGGAAGAAACAAUCGAUAUCGUCAAAAGGGGAUUCCCGGUGCUGUCAAGAUACCCAUCUGAGAGAAUAGAAUUUCUGUUCCCCAUCGAAACUCAGGACUCUAUAACAAAGUUUAAAUCCACUCGAUGGGUCAAAAUACUCGAUGAAGUAUGGCCUAGAGUACUUGAAAACCCUCCUCAAACUCUGAAAAUUCAAAUUGGAGAAUAUACAUCCUCAGGUGAGACUGCUUGA